AUAGAAACAUAUUCAAUAUAAUAUAUAUGAUGCAUUAAUAUUAAAAAGAUAAUGAUCGGAGGGAACUACAUAUACAUUAAUUUGCCAUUAUUGGAACUACUGGAACUAAGAAGAAGGAAGAAGAAGAUAUCUGCAGCGAUGAAGCUCCCUGUCAUAGAUCUCUCGUCACGCGAUUCUGUUUCCACUGCCAUUGCUAUUCGUCAGGCGUGCAUCGAGUAUGGUUUCUUUUACCUUGUUAACCACGGGGUGGAGAAGGAGUUGGGUAAAGCGUUUGAUGAGAGUAGAAGCUUCUUCUCGCUUCCGAUGAAUCAGAAAAUGAAGUUGGCUCGCAAGCAAUUCAGAGGUUACACUCCUCUCGAUCCUGCCUUAGGCAUUCAGGGUGAUUCAAAAGAGAGCUAUUAUAUUGGUCCUAUUGCAGAUUCAGCAAAUGCUAAGCUCAAUCAAUGGCCUUCUGAAGAAUCACUUGGAAAUUGGAGAUCAUCAAUGGAAUCAUUCUACUGGAAACUCUUUGAAGCUGGAAAAAAGCUGUUUUCUCUAAUUGCCCUGUCCUUGAAUUUGGAUCAACAUUUCUUUGAAAAGAUAGGUGCCAUAGAUAAACCAUCAGCUUUUCUUCGCCUUCUGCGCUAUCCAGGUGAAAUGGGAGGUCAUGAAGAGAUAUGUUCUGCACACUCAGAUUGUGGGGCACUCACCCUUCUCAUCACUGAUGGAGUCCCCGGAUUACAGAUCUGUCGGGACAAAUCAAAGGAACCACGAGUCUGGGAGGAUGUGUCUUACAUGGAGGGGGCAUUUAUUGUGAACAUUGGAGACUUGAUGGAGAGGUGGACAAAUUGUUUAUACAAAUCAACAAUGCACCGGGUUAAACGAACUGGCAAAGAACGCUACUCAAUGGCUUUUUUCUUAGAUCCUCAUCCUGAUUGCGUGGUUGAAUGCAUCGAAACUUGUUGUAGCCAAUCGUCUCCUCCAAGAUUCUCUCCAAUCCGCAGUGGAGACUACAUGCAUGAACUUUUUACAAUCUCACCAGUCUGAAAUUGAUUUCAAAAGAAAGAUGUUAUUGGCAAAAGACCAAUUAAUAAGGAGUUAUUGUGUAUAAUAUGAAGGUGGUAACUAUGUAAAAUGGACCAAUGAUCAUGUUAAUAAUGCUUGAGUUGCUUUAUACA